AUGACAGUUUUCUCCCCCACAACCCUGUCAGAAGCAGAUGACAGCAAUGAGACCCCAUCUUCUGAGGAGGACCAGGACCUCCUGGAGUAUUCGAAAGAUUUGGCUUUCAACCAGAUGACCCCGAGGAAAAGCAUCACUCAGAUCAUCAAGGACAAGAAGAAACAGACUCAUUUGACCCUUCAAUGGCUGGAUGAAAACUACACUGUUUGUGAAGGGGUUUGUCUGCCACGUUGCAUCCUGUAUGCUCACUACCUAGACUUCUGUAGGAAGGAGAAACUGGAUCCAGCCUGUGCUGCUACAUUUGGCAAGACAAUUAGGCAGAAAUUUCCACUUCUUACAACAAGAAGACUUGGGACCCGAGGUCAUUCAAAAUAUCAUUAUUAUGGGAUUGGCAUCAAAGAGAGCAGUGCCUAUUAUAACUUGGUGUACUCAGGAAAAGGCUUGACGAGAUUUUCAGGGAGCAAACUCAACAAUGAGGGAGGGUUCACUCGGAAAUACUCCCUCAGUUCCAAAACAGGAACUUUACUUCCAGAAUUCCCAAGUCCACAGCAUCUAGUGCUUCAAAGUUCCAUCUCUAAAGAGAAGGUGGACACGCUCAUCGUGAUGUACAAAACACAUUGUCAGUGCAUCCUGGACAAUGCCAUCAAUGUCAACUUCGAAGAGAUACAGAAUUUCCUGAUGCAUUUCUGGCAAGGAAUGCCCGACCACCUCUUACCCCUGCUGGAGAACACCAUUAUCGUGGACAUCUUCUGUGUGUGUGACUCUAUACUAUAUAAGGUUCUGACAGAUGUCCUGAUCCCUGCUACGAUGCAGGAGAUGCCUGAAAGUCUCCUGGCAGACAUCCGUAACUUUGCCAAGCACUGGGAACACUGGAUGGUGUCUUCUCUGGAAAACCUCCCAGAAUGCCUCUCAGAGAAGAAGCUCCAGAUCGCACGCAGAUUUGUGUCCUCUCUAAAACGUCAGACCUCCUUCUUACACCUUGCCCAGAUUGCAAGACCAGCUCUUUUUGACCAGAAUGUGGUGAACUCAAUGGUGGUGGAUAUAGAAAAAGUGGAUUUGAACAGCAUAGGGUCACAAGCCCUUCUCACCAUCUCAAGUGGAGACCAAGACUCUGACCUCUACUCUGAAUAUGACUCAAUAACAGUGUUCCAAGAGCUGAAAGACCUACUGAAGAAGAAUGCCACUGUGGAAUCCUUUAUCGAGUGGCUGGACACUGUUGUGGAGCAGAAAGUCAUAAAGCCUGGGAAGCAGAAUGGACGGUUCAUAAAGAAGCGAGCUCAGGACUUCCUCCUCAAGUGGAGUUUCUUUGGAGCACGUGUUAUGCACAACCUCACAUUGAACAACGCCACCAGUUUUGGUUCGUUCCAUCUCAUCCGCAUGCUGCUGGAUGAGUAUAUCCUACUGGCUAUUGAGACACAAUUCAACAACAACAAAGAACAAGACCUUCAGAAUCUCCUAGAUAAGUACAUGGGAAAUGCAGAUGCCAGCAAGGCUGCAUUCACUGCCUCCCCCAGCUCCUGUUUCCUGGCCAACCGUAACAAGUCCAGUGCGGUGUCCAGUGAUCUGUCUGUGAAGAACGAGUCCCUCUCAGAACACGCAUACAUGACCCUGUCAGCCAAUCAUCAGCAGGCUCCGGGAGCAAACAUGGCCAUCUACCAGGGCUCUGAAACCGAUGGAUUCUGCCUGUCAGGACAAAUGGACUUUUCCCAGAACAGUGGCCCUCUGAUGACCCCUCCCAUCUCCCCAGCCAUGGUGAACAGGGGCAGUGUCAUCAACCAGGGCACCAUGGCCAUCAGACCCCAGAGCGGCUGCACCACCAUCCAGCCCCACAUCUCCUGCCAAGCCUUCCCAGACACCAUGUACCAGAGCCUCCCUCCCAGCAGCCCCAGCUACUACCCCACCACCUCCAACUACCAGGCUGUGUUCAGGCCCCAGACACACGCCCAGGCCCCUGCCUACCUCACCCGCUCUGACAGCAGCCACUACCCGUCCUUCAGUGAACAGCACCUGGCCAAAGACUACUUCAACAGCAGCUGUGCAGUGUCCCCCUACAGCUCCAGACACACCUCCAAUUACAGCACAGUCCCUGAUCCUGGGAUGGAGACUCAGGGGGUUGAGCUACUGGACUCUGUAGGAUACAACUUUGAUGGGAGUGGGUUAAACAGUAGUGGCUGUCAGGAGUCUGCCUACUCAGCAGCAGGACACAAUGGGUACUACGGAAACAGUAGCUACCUGGAUAGCCAGAGGCUGGGUUCCAUGAUAGACCAGCAUGUGUCAGUUAUCAGCAGUGUGAGCAGUAUCCGCUCAGUCCCAGUGUACGGUGAAGUACACGACCCCCUCAACAUCCUGGAUGACACGGGCAGGAAGACGGCUGGGCCUUACUACACCGAGUCUGACUCACUGGGCUCCCACACACCUGGAGCUCUUACCCUCCCCUCCUCGGUCUCUGCACCCUGCAUGUACGGAGGUCCUGCCCAGUUCCACUCCCAGGAUGCACUGCUUCCUCACCGGGCACCAUCUGAGGUACGGGACAUGAUGUCAUCGCUGCCCCCCAUCAACACUGUGUUCAUGGGGUCUAGUGGAGGAGGAACGUGAGCCGUGACUGUCCCUCCCACCACCAACACUCCUCAAGCUCCUCCCACACCACUCAGUCACUGUAAACAGUGACGCAGAUCACAGACAGAAAUAUGCUCAGUGUAUCUCUCUUGUGUAGCCUUAGCGUUGGGGAAACUACUCUGAAAAUGUAGUUUACCAAGUUACCAAUGACUUCAUACUGGAAGAAGUGAAGAUACAGUAAAGCUACCCUUAAGAAAAUGUUACUUUCAAAAAGUAGUUCACUACAUCCAAACUACUUUGGGAUCAAUAGUUAUAUCUAAUUCUGAAAGAUCAUAGACUAUAAAUUGCUCGACAUAUCACUCUGUAGUCAGAUUUUAACAGAAUGUUUAUUUUAGCCUAUUAAACACAAAAACUUUCAAGUGAGAAUUAGGAAGGUCUGAUGGCAAAAAACUUCACCCAUAUGAUGGCCUACUUCACCCAUAUGAUGGCCUACUUCACCCAUAUGAUGGCCUACUUCACCCAUAUGAACUACGAAAAACACCACAAUUAGAAUUUAGUUCAACUAUCACCAAGCUACUGCAAAAUGUAGUUACAUUACUCGUUGAACUACAUAUAUUUCACUACUCCCCCCACACUGUGUAGCCAAUAUAUAUUUUGUAAAUUGAUGAAGGCCUCAGCUGUUCAAUGUUCAGUGAAAUAUUUUAUUGAACUGAAUUAAUUCCUAAUUUGCAAUUCAACCAUUUUAAUAUAAUUCAAUCUGUUCCUGUUCAUCUUCAUGUGGCCAGAGGAGACUUUGUAAGUUAACAUGUAAAUAAAUACCGUAGAAUAAAGCGAGUUAUGUCAAAUUUGAAAUUGUUGGAGGCAUAAUCAGUCAAACCUGCAAGACAGGUUUGAUUGAUUAUGACAAGUUAAAAAAACAAAAACAUGUUAUUUAUUUGAGUUGCCUUUAUAGCCUAUUACGGUGUAAUAUUAAUGUCUGAAAUGUAAACUUGUACUUAUCUGUAUAUGGCCGAAUGAGAGGUAGGAACUUAGAAAUGACUGUUGUUUUCAAUUCAAAUGUAUUAAAUAACAUGAACUUUUGCUUAACUAACACAUCAACAUGUCGAGAGAGAGGCAGAAAGAGACACUUGGUUAGGUCGCUUUCAUGUGCUCCUUUUGGCUGGUCGUCAAUACAUCCAACAGAACAGUCUCUCUUAUCUCACAAUUCAAAGCCCCCAGUGUCAAAACUCUGAAUAAACAGUCCUUUUAAUUGGUAAACUGGGCGAGGAAAGAAAGAUUACCGUCCGGAAACACAAUUGUAGAAAGCAGCGGAUCAAAGUUGAGCUUUAUCUGUGAUUAUGUGAUUAUGUGAUUUCACCAUUGUACAAUGGAGGGAGAUAUGGUUGGAUAAAGGUGUUGACCAGAAACUAGAACCAAUAAGACAUGUAUGACCCACAGCAGGAUCAAGCUGUUUAUACAUAGUGACCCUUUAGAGAAACAGAGAUUGUUUUAUUCACCCACAGGUUGUCCAAAUUCAGCUUUGUUAGUCUUGGAGCAGAUGGAAGCUAAUAAAACCAUAAUCAGUAACAUUAGAUUGACCAGGGCAUUUGUGUGGUGAAAUGACAUCAUUUCAAAGCGAUACACUUUAUUUAAAUGUAUGGAGUUGAUACGUACACUCGCAGGCUAUGGAUGAAUGUAGACUAUUCAGCAUUUGUUUCCACAACAUGAAUAAACAAAGCAAAAUGAAUGAUAACAUUACCCACCUAUCAGCCUUAUCCUUUAGCUACUCAGGGGGAAAAUCCAUUUCAGCCCAUGGACAGGAACAGAUGGCUUGAAAUGUAAUGAUUACAAAAUUCCCAACGUUAACACAGUUGAAUUACAAAGUCAAUAAUGCCUCCCAACAGUUGCAGGGCCUUUAGUGUAAAAACAACAGAAGGUUGAAUGCAAACUUUGGGACAAUGUUUAACUAGAACUUUGCAUUAGGCGGUGAGUCUCCAUAUGUAGCCCAGGUGAGCCAAAG